GAUCCCUAUGUUUAUGAGAACAACAACUACACACAUAUAUACAAGCACCAAAUAUAUAUAUACAAGAAUAACACUCUUUAGCUCUUCUUCAACAUAAGAUCUUGCCCUGCCUUUCAUGCAUCCAUGGAUUUGGUUCAUGACCAUCACCACUGCGGCGAAGAGAACUCGAAAGAUCGCGAAGAUUACGCGCACGUCGCGAACUCCGACCUCCUCCGUUGCCUCCGCGUGGAGUCCUCGUCGUCGUCGUCGUCGCAGAGGAGCCUUCGCAAGGGCGAGGAGCGGAUCGCGUGGCUCCGGUCGCAGCUCGUCGGGUCGGACGUCGAGUUCGAGACCCCGUUUGCGGGUUGCCGCCGCCUCGUCUACGCCGAUCAGACGGCGUCCGGGAGGUGCUUGCACUACAUCGAGAACUACAUCAUCCAACAUGUUCUCCCCAUCUAUGGGAACACGCACACCGAGGAUAGUUUUGUCGGGAGCAAGAUCACGCGGAUGGUGCACGAGGCGGCGGCGUACGUGAAGCGCUGCAUGGGCGCGGGGCCCGAGGACGCUCUCGUCUUCUGCGGCGCGGGCGCGUCCGCGGCCGUCAAGCGCUUGCAGGAGGUGAUGGGCAUUGCUGUCCCGUCAACGGUGCGCAGCAGGAUGGUCCAGGCCCUAAGGGACGAGGAGCGGUGGGUCGUGUUCGUCGGGCCCUACGAGCACCACUCGAACCUCCUCUCGUGGCGGCAGAGCACGGCGGAGGUCGUGGAGAUUGGAGUCGACGGCGAGGGGCUGCUCGACGUCAGCGCGCUGCGGCGCGAGCUCGCGCGGCACGGGCGCGCCGGCCGGCCCAUGAUCGGGUCGUUCUCGGCGUGCAGCAACGUCACCGGGAUCGUCACCGACACCCGCGCGGUCGCGCGGAUCCUCCACCGGCACGGCGCCUUCGCCUGCUUCGAUUUCGCCGCUAGAUCUUGCCCUCCCUUCCAUGCAUCCAUGGAUUUGGUUCAUGACCAUCACCACUGCGGCGAAGAGAACUCGAAAGAUCGCGAAGAUUACGCGCACGUCGCAAACUCCGAGCUCCUCCGUGGCCUCCGCGUGGAGUCCUCGUCCUCGUCGUCGCAGAGGAACCUUUGCGAGGGCGAGGAGCGGAUCGCGUGGCUCCGGUCGGAGCUCGUCGGGUCGGACGUUGAGUUCAAGACCCCGUUCGCGGGUCGCCGCCGCCUCGUCUACGCCGAUCAGACGGCGUCCGGAAGGUGCUUGCACUACAUUGAGAACUACAUCAUCCAACAUGUUCUCCCCAUCUAUGGGAACACGCACACCGAGGAUAGUUUUGUCGGGAGCGAGAUCACGCGGAUGGUGCGCGAGGCGGCGGCAUACGUGAAGCGCUGCAUGGGCGUGGGGCCCGAGGACGCUCUCCUCUUUUGUGGCGCGGGCGCGUCCGCGGCCGUCAAGCGCUUGCAGGAGGUGAUGGGCAUCGCUGUCCCGUCAACGGUGCGCGGCAGGAUGGUCCAGGCCCUAAGGGACGAGGAGCGGUGGGUCGUGUUCGUCGGGCCCUACGAGCACCACUCGAACCUCCUCUCGUGGCGGCAGAGCACGGCGGAGGUCGUGGAGAUCGGAGUCGACAGCGAGGGGCUGCUCGACGUCCGCGCGCUGCGGCGCGAGCUCGCGCGGCAUGGGCGCGCCGGCCGGCCCAUGAUUGGGUCGUUCUCGGCGUGCAGCAACGUCACCGGGAUCGUCACCGACACCCGCGCGGUCGCGCGGAUCCUCCACCGGCACGGCGCCUUCGCCUGCUUCGAUUUCGCCGCUAGGUCCAAAAAGGACACGUUGUACUAUGAAAGCAUCGAGGAGAGAGAAGAUGGUGGGACCCCACCCAUAAUCCAAAAGAUCCGCGUGGCGCUCGCCUUCUGGGUCAAAUCCUACGUGGGCUGCCACGUCAUCGGCUGCCGUGAGCGCCUCCACGCUGAAUCCGCGCUCCGAUUCCUCCUCGCCAAUCCUAACAUCAUUAUCUUGGGUAACACUCAGGUUAUGCGCCUUCCCAUAUUCUCCUUCCUCGUAUUCCCCCGAGAUGAGAAUACGGAUGAGAACGAGAAUAAGAAGAAGCCGCUGCACGGAAGAUUUGUGGCGAAGUUGCUGAACGAUCUUUUCGGAAUUCAGGCGCGCGGCGGGUGCGCCUGUGCAGGGCCGUACGGGCACCACCUUCUCGGGGUGGAUCGGGAACUCUCCCUCCGCAUUCGAUCUGCUAUUCAACAGGGCUACACUGGAUUGAAACCAGGAUGGACCAGGGUCAGUUUCUGCUACUACAUGUCCAAAGAAGAGUGCUCAUUCAUCCUCUCGGCGAUCGACUUCGCCGCUUCGUACGGCCACCGCUUCCUCUCUCUCUACCGCUUCGACUGGCUCACUGGCGACUGGACCUUCCGACGACGAUGUGUGUCGAAGCACCGCACAAUGCCGGAGUACGUAGCCAAAGUUUUCGAUCAGGGAGAGAAAAUAAGAGGAAGCGUUACAUCCCGCGAAAUAUUGACAGAUAAGGAGAAGGAGAAGAAUUCGGCGGAUGCUCGAUUGUUCCAGACCUAUCUGGAAAGCGCUAAAAUGAUUGCAUUUUCAUUGCCGGAAUUUUCAGAGCCUUGUAUUGACGUGCCAGCGGAGGUAGAUCGCAGUUUGAUCCUUUUCAGAAUAUAAGUGUUUGUGUAGUUGAAAUACUACUUCCAGAAGUAGAUAGGACUGUUUACUUCUAUCACAGUAAACAUGUACAUAAAAAAGAGAGAGAGAGAAGUUAAGUGGAAUACUACUUAUUUUUCUUCUGUUGUUUGUUUGUAUAGCUGUGGAAGUGAAGUUUUUCAAUUCUACUGUUUGUUUUGUAGAAAUAGAAACUGAAGUUGUGAGAGAUGAACUAAUAUUUUUUGUUUU